AUGUCUACCGAGCGCUACGACCGCCAGCUCCGCCUGUGGGGUCCGGAGGGUCAACGUCGCGUGUCCGAGUGUCGCGUCUUGGCGUUCGGAGCGACGCCAUCGACGUGCGAGGCGUUGAAGAAUUUGAUUCUCGGUGGCAUCAAAUCGUUCCACCUCGUCGACGACGCCCUACUCGCAUCGCCCUCACGCCCGGACGCCCGCGCGCGAUGCCUCUCCGAGCUAUUCGAGAUCGAGAUCGAUGCCGAGAUGGAUUCGACGUCCACGGUCGCUGAGGCGUGCGUGAAGGGGCUCGCGCGGUUGAAUCCGGACGUCGGCGGGACGUGGACGAAAUCGAGCGCGCGCGGAUCGGUCAACAUCGCGGAGUCCUUGACGCAAUCGGAGGGUGUGGAUGUGGUACUCGUCGAUGGAUGGUGGGUGGGUGACGAAUACAUUCAGGAGCUCGAGGCGUGGGCGCUGAAGAGGGGUGACGUCGUGCUCGCGACGACGAGAGCGUGCGGGUUGUUCGCCGAGUGUAAGACGAGCGCAAACGCGCGCUGGGUGAUGGAGAACGUCACACCGGAGGGCUCAGUGACGAAGGAUCUGCGAUUGAUGAAUCCCUGGAGUGAGUUACAGGCGUACGUGGAGAUGAAGACGAGCGAUUUGGAUCGAUUGGACGCGGCGGCGUUUAAGCACGUACCAUUUGUAGCGCUUCUGGCGAGCGCAGCGGCGCAGUGCGGGACGAGUGAUAGGCGCGCGGUGAAAGAUGCUUUGACGUCAAUGCGCAGGGGUUUAGAUGAAGAGAAUUUCGACGAGGCUUUUGCGAACAUGCGGUAUGCGUGGACGGACACGGGGGCGGUGACGCCGGAGAUUGAAGCGCUCACACGUGAUCGUCGAGCGAUAGAGUUGACCGCAGAGAGCGACAAGGGAUGGUUUUUAGCCGCAGGUUUGCGGGAAUUUAUCAGUAGCGAGGGAUGCUUACCGCUAGAAGGGAGCAUCCCGGACAUGAUCAGUACGACGGAGUCGUACGUCGAACUUCAGCGACUAUACGCCGACAAGGCGAAUAGAGAUGCUUGCGUCGUUUGGCAGAGCGCCAUCAAGCGCGCAGCAAGAGUCGGCUACAUAGGAGAUCUCAUCACCGAACAAGACGCAAAGACCUUUUGCAAGCACUGUCGACAUGUUCGCUUCAUGACGUGGCGAACAAUGGCGGAUGAACUGGAUCCUUCGACCUCGGUGACUUCCGGAGCAGCGACGCUACUGAAGGAUGCGAUUUCAGAUCCUUCCAAAACCGUGUCCGCAUUCAUCUUCGCCGCUUUUCGAGCCGCUUCCGCGUUCAGAGGUCCGGGUGGACGAGAUCCAGGUGUUGAGCCCGAAUCUGUUAUCGAUUCCGAAACUGGGCUACCGAUGUCUCAAGAUGCGUUUGUUAGUCGCGACGCGGAGGUGCUGCACGAUCACAUGACGAGAGAUGUUUUGCAACCGCGUGGUAUCAAGCUCGACCAGUCCACGGCGAAAAUUGCGGACGAUGUCCUCUAUGAGUAUACGAGGUACGGUAACGGCCAACUUAACGCCGUCGGUUCCAUUAUCGGAGGUAUCGCCAGUCAAGAGAUUAUCAAACUUGUCACGCGACAGUACAUCCCCAUGACGCAGCGUUUGAUUUACGACGGUGUUCACAGCACGACGACUCUAUUGUUCUAG